CUUGUACCCACAAUAAACACGGUUAUAUUCAUUUAGUUAUUAUAUAAUGUUUAAAGUAUUUAUUGUCGAAGAUGUCAUUAAUCUGACUGUUUCGGAGUACUUUAAUAAUGAUGACACGUUGUUUCGUAAAUUAUCUAAUAAAUACAUUAACAAAGUUAUACAUGGGAUCGGAUUGGUUUUAGCAAUAGAUGAGAAGUUUUUAAGGUGCGAAUGUAAAAUUUUACAAACAGAAGGUUCUGCACAUUACAAGAUCAAUUUCAAAGUAUUGGUGUUUCACCCAUCUGUUAAUGAUAUAUUCAAUGCUAGCGUAAUUCUCAUUAAUAAAAAUUUCAUUAAACGUUGUUUCUAUUGGAUUCUUUGACGAUAUUCAAGUAAUUCCAAAAUUCUUGCCGCCAAAUUAUAAAUAUGACGAUGAAAGGGAGGAAUGGGUUGUAACUAAUAGUAGUGGUAAUUACAGUUUGAAAGAAAACGACGUUGUAUUAUUUAAAAUAUUAGAUGUAAUAUAUAAUAAAAAUAAAGUGGAAGACCCAAAGUUAGACUCUAAUAAUACAAAUUUGCCUGUCCUAGUAAUAAUCGGAACAAUUGUUGAAGAAAUAGCUACACAUUAAAAUUUAAAAUUCCGUUUUCAAAAGUAAUAAAAUUAAUCUUCAUCUUCAUAAUUUGUUUCGAGUGA